AUGUCGACUCAUAGUAGUAGUAAUGUGGAUUCGCCGAAAGCAGCACAAUCGAUGCAGAUGAGGAGGGCGCCAUCGAGAGGCGCGGCGACGACAUUCUCGUUGGAGGUAUUCGAUGACGAAGUCGUGCCUUCUUCACUCGCUUCCAUCUCUCCGAUUCUCAGAGUCGCCAACGAGAUCGAAUUAGAGCGUCCUAGAGUUGCCUAUCUAUGUAGGUUUUAUGCAUUCGAGAAAGCGCACAGGCUGGAUCAAAGUUCCACCGGGCGUGGUGUUAGGCAGUUUAAGACGUUGUUGCUGCAACGAUUGGAGAGGGACAAUGCAACUAGUCUCGCUUCUCGGGUUAAGAAGACAGAUGCAAGGGAAAUCCAGACUUAUUAUCAACAAUACUAUCAACAAUAUGUCAGAGCUCUUGACCAAGCGGAUCAAGCAGACAGGACCCAGCUCAGCAAAGCUUACCAGACUGCUGGUGUGCUCUUUGAAGUGCUUUGUGCUGUUAAUAAGACUGAGAAGGUCGAAGAAGUAGCUCCUGAGAUUAUGGCAGCUGCUAAAGAUGUUCAGGAAAAGACGGAAAUUUAUACACCUUAUAAUAUUCUUCCUCUGGAUUCUGCUGGUGCUUCUCUGCCCAUUAUGCAGUUUGAAGAGAUUAGGGCUGCUGUUUCUGCGCUCUGGAACACUCGUGGCUUGAACUGGCCUAGCUCAUUUGAGCAAUCGAGGCAGAGAGGUGGAGAUUUAGACAUGCUUGAUUGGCUUAGAGCAAUGUUUGGUUUCCAGAAGGACAAUGUGAGGAAUCAAAGAGAACAUUUGAUUCUGCUUCUUGCUAACUCGCAUAUAAGGCUACACCCAAAACCCGAGCCUUUUAACAAGCUCGAUGAUCGUGCUGUUGAUUCUGUGAUGAAAGAACUCUUUAAGAAUUACAGAACAUGGUGCAAAUUCUUGGGACGAAAGCAUAGUCUGCGACUACCUCAAGGUCAACCAGACAUACAGCAGAGGAAGUUGCUUUAUAUGGGCUUAUAUCUUCUCAUUUGGGGUGAAGCAUCCAAUGUUCGCUUCAUGCCAGAGUGUCUAUGCUACAUAUUUCACAAUAUGGCAUAUGAACUGCAUGGUUUAUUGGCUGGAAAUGUUAGCAUUGUCACUGGUGAAAAUAUCAAGCCUUCUUAUGGUGGAGAUGAUGAGGCAUUCCUACGAAAGGUUAUCACACCCCUAUACCGAGUAAUUGAAAAGGAAGCUAAGAAGAGCAAACAUGGAAAGGCUUCACACUCAGCAUGGUGCAACUAUGAUGAUCUAAAUGAGUAUUUCUGGUCACUUGAUUGCUUUUCUCUUGGAUGGCCCAUGCGUGAUGAUGGCGAUUUUUUUAAAUCCACUAAUGAUUUGAAACAGGGAAAAAAGGGUGCGCCAAUAAAACCCAGGAGACUUGGAAAAUCAAAUUUUGUUGAAACACGGUCAUUUUGGCACAUCUUCCGCAGUUUUGAUCGUCUUUGGACCUUUUUUUUGCUGGGUUUGCAGGUGAUGUUCAUUAUUGCAUGGGAUGGGAUUUCACUGAUGGAUAUCUUUCAGAAGAAUGUUAUGUAUAAACUGUCUAGUAUAUUCAUCACAGCAGCCAUUCUGCGAUUACUUCAAAGUAUAUUGGACCUGGUCCUAAACUUUCCAGGCUAUCAUCGAUGGAAAUUCACCGAUGUGCUAAGAAAUAUUCUUAAAGUCAUUAUCGGUUCUAUAUGGGUUAUCAUUCUUCCAAUUUUCUAUGUCACUUCUUUCAAGGGUGCACCUCAGGGUCUCAAGGAAUUGCUUUCUUUUUUCAAGCAAAUAAAAGGCAUUCCGGCAAUGUACAUGCUGGCAGUUGCAUUGUAUAUGCUACCAAAUUUAUUAGCAGCUGCUCUCUUUCUUUUCCCAAUGCUAAGGCGUUGGAUUGAAAACUCAGACUGGCACAUAGUUAGAUUCUUCUUAUGGUGGUCUCAGCCAAGAAUAUAUAUUGGAAGAGGAAUGCAUGAAAGUCAAUUUGUUCUCCUAAAGUAUACUAUUUUCUGGGUGUUGCUUUUGGCUUCAAAGUUUUUAUUCAGCUUUUAUGUUCAGAUAAAGCCUCUAGUUAAGCCAACCAAGGACAUAAUGAACAUUCAACAUGUUGACUAUGCUUGGCAUGAGUUUUUCCCCAAGGCUGAAAGCAACUAUUGUGCUGUUGCUGCACUCUGGGCUCCUGUACUUAUGGUUUAUUUCAUGGACACUCAAAUUUGGUAUGCAAUCUUCUCAACUUUGUACGGUGGCCUUGUUGGAGCCUUUGAUCGUCUAGGAGAGAUACGCACUCUGGGCAUGCUGAGGUCAAGGUUUCUGUCAAUUCCUGGUGUAUUCAACACAUGCUUGGUUCCUUCUAAUAAGAAAAAAGGAAGAUUCUCAUUCUCAAAACAAUUUUCUGAGAAUUCUGCAAGCAGAAGAAAUGAAGCUGCCAAAUUUGCCCAGUUAUGGAAUGAAAUUAUUUGCAGUUUUCGUGAGGAAGAUCUCAUAAGUGAUAGGAAAGACCUCAGAGACAAACUCUUAGAAUUUUUUCCCUUUGUUCUCAAUCAUAGUUUCUAG